AUGGAUGAAGAGUGUCCCAUAUGCAACAAGAAAUUUCCCCAAUCGCUCAUUGAGCGGCACGUGAACUCGUGUCUUGACUCGAGGGAAGCAGAGAAUACUUCCAAGAGGCGAAAGCGGUCUCCUGAUACUGAAAAAAAUCAAGAAGUUCCCGAUGCGUUUGCCGCUUUGGGACUAGCACGGAACUCACUGCUGCUAAAAAGGACUAAAAGUGGCUCCCAACCGAAGAUCAAGACCGAGCCAUCUAUGACGUCGAUUAGGAUUGCUGAGAGACGGCUAGAAAUGCUUAAACGAGCAGAAGAAAGAAAACUAAAAUCAGAAAACCAAGCCGUAGACAAGGAUGACGAGACUACUGGAAUCCAAGAAUCAGAAACUACACAGGAGGAGCAAGUCAUAAGUGAAAAAAACGAUAAUGUUUCGGCGGAAACGAAAACUGACGUUAUAGAUCUUGAGAAUGCCAGUGAUCCGUCUCCGGUACCUACCCAAGAACCGCUUCGACAGUCCCAAGCACUCACAAACAGGCAAGAGCGAAUGAAACUUGAGCAACAGGCUUCAAUUCCGCUAGCUCAAAGACUUCGUCCAACGAGUUUAAAGGGACUUUUUCGGCCAGGAAAAACUCGUGGGUCCAAAUGGACUUCUAACAAAUCUCAUUAA